CCUUCGGACAUCCCGCCCCCUGCUCGGCCUCCUCCUUCUCCCACCGCGGGAGAUCCCAACUCCGCCCGGCUGAGUCACGGCCUGAAUUGGGGAGGAGGCGGGGAAAGGCGGCCCUAGCCCAGAUCGCAGCCAUCGGCCGCUGGGAGAGCAGGCAGGGUUGUCCGAGAUCAUGGGGGAGAGCGCGCUGGAGUCUGGGCCUGUGCCCGGGGCGCCUGCCGGGGGUCCCGUGCACGCCGUCACCGUGGUGACCUUGCUGGAGAAGCUGGCCACCAUGCUGGAGGCGCUGCGGGAGCGGCAGGGUGGCCUGGCCGAGAGGCAAGGCGGCCUGGCGGGCUCGGUGCGCCGCAUUCAGAGCGGCCUGGGCUCAUUGAGUCGCAGCCACGACACCACCAGCAACACACUGGCGCAGCUGCUGGCCAAGGCGGAGCGCGUGGGCUCUCACGCCGACGCAGCCCAGGAGCGGGCGCUGCGCCGUGCUGCUCAGGUGCAGCGGCUGGAGGCCAACCACGGGCUGCUGGUGGCGCGCGGGAAGCUGCACGUCCUGCUCUUCAAGGACGAGACUGAAAUUCCAGCCCGCGCCUUCCAGAAAGCACCAGAACUCUUGGGCCCCGAGGACCAGUCGGUGCCGGGCCCAGAGCAGCCAGAGGAUCAAGUUGGAGAGAGUUCCGACGAGGAGCCAGUGGAGUCCAGGGCUCAGCGACUGCGACGCACCGGCUUGGAGAAGGUCCAGAGCCUAAGAAGGGCCCUAUCCAGUCGUAAAGCACAACCCACACCAGUCAAGCCGCCACGCCUAGGGCCUGUCCGGAGUUCCGAAGGCCCACCAGAUGGCCAGCCUGUAGCUCUACCAGCUGCACCGGAGGAGUCCUCACCAGAGUCUGCCCUGGAGCCAGAACCUCCUCAGGCUAAGGAAGAUCCUGAAAGGCCUGUGCUUCAAAUAGAGAGUGCAGCCUGAUCGCUGGAGCUGCCUGCCCCAUUCGGGGUUUAGGCCUUGUCCCAAAAUAAAUCCUUAAGGAGUGCAGCACUUACACCCAAAUAAGGAGAAAAUCCUGCAUCCACUGCCCAGUUCCGACCCUCCCUUCCUGGCCUUCCAGUCUGGUACCCUGUGGCCUCUGAAAGAGGAGCUUUCAACCUAAUUUAGUCACCGCAAUAAAAGUAAUUUCAUCUAA